CAGGAUGGCUCAUGGCCAAAACACACGGCGGAAGGUUGACGUCGAACCACAAGCAAGCCGCAACCACACACAAACACGGCCAGACUCAACGCGGCCUGGAUGUUUCCAAAUUCAGCAGCCGCCCACGACGGCCAUCAAUCCAUGGAGCCUCCACUCGCGCAGACGACCAGCCGCGCCGUGUUUCACCGUGAAGCCCGCCCAGCAGCCGUCGCGCGCCCUCAUCCGCCCGCCGCCUGGAACUUGACACAGACGGGCCCCUGCAAGUGCCUCUUCUCUCCACGCCGCCCGCCCAGGCGCGUGGAAACCGCAGGCGGCCAAUGGGGCGGCCGGCCGUACGGUACUGGGAGGGUCUAUUUCCCGUUUGCCGCACGGCGGAUCCCGGCGGCGCCGUGUCAUUGGCGCGGCGCUACACGGCAGGGAUGCCGCCAUGUACAACUGCGAUGCCGGGGGUGGGUUUUGGAUAGCCGCGCAGAUGGAGACGGAUGGGCGUCCUGGCGAUCAUCGCCCUGGACGGGCCCGUCGAUUGGACCAGAGGGCUUCAUGAUGGCGGACGGCGGACGGGGGGGUUGGUGGUUCGGGUCAAGAUUGCGGCCGGGCUGGUUUGGUUUGAGGCCCGGCCGCAGAUGGGGCGAGAUUGAAGGUGAGCGAGCCUGUCGUUGUUUGCUUUGCGCGAGCCCCGGCCAUGUUAUGGAGUGUUCUUUGUUUAGAUUCCGGUGGCUUGCUUGUUGGUCGUGCAACUGCCGCUGCUUGGACCUGGCCGUGAGGAUGAACGCAGCCUCUCUGUCUACAUCCCAGUCAUGUGCGCUCUGGCCUCUGCGCGCUGCCUACAUCUGGGAUCGGGGAGCAGGGUUCUUGGCACCCACGCAUGGGCCGUGGCUUGUUUGGCCGUGGCCUGCAUUUCGUUGAGGGUGCCGUUCGUGAACUUGGAUGGCCCGCUAUGUUUAGAGGACCAAAGGCCUUAACAUGGUUGUAUCCCUG